UUGUGGUAAUGGAAGCUGAGGUUGUUGAAACGAUAUGCAUGUUUGAAAGAUUUUUUCCGCCAAGUUUCUUUGAUAUCAUGGUUCACUUGAUGGUUCAUCUUGGAAGGGAAGCUCGGUUAGGUGGACCAGUCCACUUUAGAUGGAUGUACCCUUUUGAAAGGUAUAUGAAAGUUCUGAAAGACUUUGUGAGAAAUCCUGCUAGACCAGAGGGGUGUAUUGCUGAGUGUUAUCUAGCUGAAGAAUGCGUCCAGUUUUGUAGUGAAUUCUUAAAGAAGUCUACAAACGUACAGGAAAAACUAGAUAGAAACACUGACUAUGAGAAUAGUUCUAUACUAGAGGGUCGUCCUAUAUCCGCAGCCACUUCCAUAACUCUCUCAGAAAUGGAUAAGAAAAUAGCUCAUCUUGCUGUCAUCCAAAAUAUGGCUGUCGUCGAACCUUAUAUCGAUGAGCACCUUCAGCAUCUACAAGACACCAAUGGAAGAUGCCGACGUGAUGCAUCAGUUUUAUGGGCUAUGCAUUCUGAGAAUUUUGCAUCAUGGUUAAAACAGUAGGCAAGUUACAUCAAAUCUACUAUUUUCUGUUGUUAUUUCAUGUUUUUGUGUGUAUGUGUCUGAUUUGUUAUAUUUUAUUUCUCGUAGAUACCAAUUGAUUCAGACAGACAUGGAAAAGUUCUAAAAUGGUUGGCUUACGGUCCACGUUAUAUGGCACGGUCAUAUACAGGUUACAUAGUGAAUGGUCAACGGUUUCAUACAAGUUCAGUUGAUAGGAAAAAUCAGAAUAGUGGGGUUUUCUAUGAGGCAACAGCAGUCUGUAGGGCUAGUGCGAAAGAUACUUCACAAGUGGUUGAUUUGGUAUCUUACUAUGGCAGAGUGAUAGACAUCAUACUAUUAGAUUAUAAUGUUUUUUAUGUUCCUCUCUUCCGGUGUCACUGGGCAGUAAUGGGUAAUGGAGCUAAGAUAGAAGAUGGUUUCACACUAGUUAACAUGAAUCAUAGUCAAGUCUCUUUUUUAAAAGAUCCAUAUAUAUUAGCAUCGCAAGCGAAGCAGGUGUUUUACUUAAGGGAAGACGCAUAAUCAAGUUGGCAUGUUGUUAUGCGAGUUCCUUCAAGAAGAUAUAAUAAAGAUUUGGAUGAUGGAAUUGCAGACAUUGGACCAUUACCAGCAAAUGUGGACAUGGAUGUUCACAUGGAUGAAUC